AUGGAGGCGGAACUCCAAGCGCAAAUUCCCGGUCUCGACCAUGUGAUCUCAGAAUACUCAGUGGGCUAUUUGACUCAUGCCUCAAAGGCAUAUGUGGCGGAUGCUGAUCCCAAUGCUCCCUCGCCACUAUCAGAGGCAGCAGACACCAUCACUGAGCUUUUGGUGUCAGCAUCCGGGGAUUUCUCUCCUCAGAAUGAAGAGGCUAUUCGCAAUCUCGUGGAGAAAUUUAUCUCCUCUCUAAGCUCCGCAGAUGGAGUUGAUGCAGAGCGGAGGCAGAUGCCUUUUGCUGCAAAGAAGCUUGAUCAAACAAUCAACGUGGGCUCUCAGAGGAACAUUUCCUCCACCCUGGGGCUUGUAGGCGGAACGGUGGACCUAGAGUCUGCCAGUUCUAGAAAGGUGGAGUCUCGCGUUGAUCGAAAGAAACUGGAGAAGGCAGAGCGGAAGAUUCAGGCCAAGCAGAAUAAGAAGGCGAUGAAAACUGUUGAGUACGAAGCGUCGCGCUUGCUCACUAAGCCAGACCCCGCCCAAUCUUAUGAAGAGUUCUUCAUGGCUGUCAACCCUUUGCAGAUGGGGUCUGAUUCACAGUCUAAGAGCAAGGAUAUUAAGGUUGACGGGAUUGAUAUUUCGAUUGCUGGGAAACGGAUAUUGACUGACGCCUCUCUCACGUUGACUUAUGGCCGGAGAUAUGGUCUGGUGGGUCAGAACGGUAUUGGAAAGAGUACUCUGCUUCGCGCUUUGAGCCGCAGAGAAGUAGCAAUCCCGACUCACAUUUCUAUUCUGCACGUUGAGCAAGAGAUUACUGGUGAUGAUACCCCUGCAUUGCAAUCUGUUCUGGAUGCCGACGUCUGGCGAAAACACUUGCUUCAAGAGCAAGAGAAAAUUACUAAGAAGUUGGCCGAGAUUGAUGCCGAGAGAGCGUCGAUGGCAGAUACCUCAAAAGAAGCAGCAAAGUUGGACCAUGAACGUGAAGGCCUCGAUACGACUCUAAGUGACAUCCACGCAAAGCUUGCGGAGAUGGAGUCUGACAAGGCCGAAUCUCGUGCUGCCAGUAUUCUAGCAGGUCUUGGGUUCUCUCCCGAGCGACAGCAGUUACCAACCAAGACAUUCUCUGGUGGUUGGAGAAUGAGACUGGCUCUGGCCCGAGCGCUGUUUUGUGAGCCAGAUCUGCUCCUGCUUGACGAACCCUCCAACAUGUUGGAUGUGCCAUCAAUCACUUUCCUAUCGAACUAUUUACAGACCUAUCCUAGCACUGUUCUUGUCGUUUCUCACGACCGGGCCUUUUUGAAUGAAGUUGCUACUGAUAUCAUCCACCAGCACUCAGAGCGGCUAGACUACUACAGGGGAGCCAAUUUCGAUUCCUUCUACGCCACUAAAGAGGAACGAAGAAAGGCUGCUAAACGGGAAUACGAGAAUCAGAUGGCUCAGCGAGCACAUUUGCAAGCGUUCAUUGACAAAUUCAGAUAUAACGCAGCCAAGUCUUCCGAGGCGCAAUCAAGGAUCAAGAAGCUCGAGCGUAUGCCAGUCCUUCAGCCUCCAGAGAACGAAUACGUCGUGCACUUCAAGUUCCCGGAAGUCGAGAAGCUCUCGCCGCCUAUUAUUCAGAUGUCGGAUGUUUCGUUUGGUUAUUCUAAAGACAAGCUAUUGCUCAGGAAUGUUGAUUUGGAUGUCCAGCUUGAUUCUCGCAUUGGCAUUGUUGGACCGAACGGCGCCGGAAAGACCACCGUCCUGAAACUCCUCAUCGGACAGCUACAGCCUACCAGUGGUUUAAUCUCCCAGCAUCCGCGGUUGCGCAUUGGCUACUUUGCUCAACACCACGUUGACGCACUGGAUCUGAAUGACAGCGCAGUGGGAUUUAUGGCCAAGAACUAUCCCGGAAAGACAGACGAGGAAUACCGAAGACAUCUCGGCGCGUUUGGCAUCACCGGUAUGACCGGCCUGCAGAAGUUAGGACUGCUGUCCGGAGGUCAAAAGUCUCGUGUGGCCUUUGCGUGCUUAUCCCUGACGAAUCCGCAUAUCCUCGUCCUGGACGAACCGUCUAACCACCUGGAUAUCGAGGCCAUGGAUGCACUCUCAGAGGCGCUUCAGAAGUUCCAGGGUGGUGUUCUCAUGGUCUCUCACGACGUUACCAUGUUGAAAAAUGUUUGCACCAGCCUUUGGGGUAUAGUAAGGAAGGGAAACGCGGCAACGCCUAUGGUUUUUCCAUCCAGAUCCCACCUUCUUCCCCAUGGAUACAGUCUAUUUAAGAGAACUCAAUCAGGAACUAGUAAGCGCCAGAUUUCUACCGCCUGGAGAUUACUUCCUGCCAGAUCUUCGCGCAUGUCUGUCGAUGGCGACACGACGGUAGUGAGCCCAGUGGCGGAACAGUCUGUAGAGCUGGAGGAAAUGGCAGCACACGAUACUGACUACCGGACGGCGGUAGAUGCUCCGCUCCUCGAACAGAACGUUCGGAGAGGCAUCAAUGACGAUUCAGACCGACUGCUGCUGAGCUCAGAGCCGAGGGCCUAUGGAGGUAUCUUCAUAUGGGCCUUGACGUUCUCCGCGGGAAUAAGUGGCCUUCUUUUCGGCUAUGAUCGCCCUCUCACCACUCUUGACAAGAGUCUCAUAACAUCCUGCACCAGUUUAUUCGCGUUAGUUGCGAGCCCGUUCGCUGGAGUUCUCGCUGAUAAGUUCGGCCGGAAGAAGGUGAUCCUAAUUGCUGAUGGCCUCUUUGCCCUUGGAGCAUUAUGGCAAGCACUCACGGGGUCGGUUGAAGGGAUGAUAUUUGGGCGGAGUGCUGUCGGUUUGGCUGUCGGAGCUGCGAGUCUGGUUUCUCCAUUGUACAUUUCGGAGCUUGCACCUUCGGAAAUGAGAGGCAGACUUGUCACCAUAUUGAGUCUCUUCAUAACGGGAGGUCAAGUGGUCGCCUAUGUGAUUGGCUGGUUAUUCUCUUCAAUGUCAGGGGGCUGGCGCUGGAUGGUUGGCCUUGGGUCGCUUCCAGCUUUUUUGCAGCUUGCAGUCAUCGUUUUACUCCCGGAAACUCCCCGUUGGCUUGUCCAAGCUGGGCACGGGUUCGCAGCAAAGAGGGUGCUGGAGAAGGUCUAUAGAGCGUACCCGGACGCGGAGCGUAUGGCAGACGUCGUGCUGAGAGCUAUCGAAAGGGAAGUUACGGAAGAAGAAGAGGAAAUGAACCGCAAUAAGCCAUCGAAUUCCUCAGCGACAUGGUACAGCCGAUCUUUACAAACUUUCUCCGAGCUAAUAGGCGUUGGCGGCAACCGACGAGCCUUGACGAUUGCGAUGAUGCUACAAGGGCUCCAGCAGCUUUGUGGCUUCAAUAGUCUCAUGUACUUUUCGGCAACAAUCUUUCAAUUGCUCUCUUUCUCGUCUCCGACUCUGACGUCCCUGACCGUGGCUAUGACGAAUUUCCUCUUCACCCUCCUCGCCUUCUCUUUAAUUGACCGCAUAGGCCGCCGACGAAUUCUCCUUUACUCCAUUCCGGUCAUGACCUUCGCUCUGCUCGUUUGUGCUGCCGCAUUCUCCUCCCUAGACCUGCCGAAAUCGCCGUUAGCCGUUCGACAGCGAUGGGAAGGGAAUUCAAAUGGCGAUUCAUCCAAGCCACUCAUUAUCCUUAUUUCCUUGACUCUAUACACCGCCUCGUAUGCUACUGGUCUUGGAAACGUACCUUGGCAACAAUCGGAGCUUUUCCCUUUGACGGUUCGCUCUCUGGGCUCAUCCCUCGCUACGGCCACGAACUGGGGAUCCAACUUUAUCGUUGGCCUCUCCUUUUUACCAAUGAUGGAACUUCUGUCGCCUGGCUGGACAUUUGUCGCCUAUGCGCUGUAUCUAGUCAUUCCAGCAACUGAAGUUAGGUUAAUCAUAAUACAGUUUCGGAUGAAGUUCAUUACUACAUCAGAAGUAACUGAGCCACAUUCGAAUUCUCUCCAAUCUCGGGAGACUUGCUCCACGAGCCCUGUAUCGUUUUCCGUCAUGGAGGGCCCCUCAAACCCUUUUCGAAGGUUACCAGCUGAGGUAUUUGACUUUUCGAUGCUCCUUGUCAAAGGAGGAGGAAUUGAGCGCUGUACUUUCUAUGUGACCUCCAAGCUCGUCCAACAUAUAGCCUGUUUCCUCGUCGACGAUGCCGAUCUCUCAAGUUUCACUUCUGUGUGCACAUCUGUGGCGUACCAAGUGCUGCCCUCGCACUCAUCGAUCUGGCGCAGGCGGUUUGAAGACCAGUACGACUUGCCCCGGGGACAUAACUCGGCCGAGAUCAAGAUCGAGUACCAAACACGAGCCAUUGUUUUGGCGCAGAAGAUCUCGUUCAGGUACGGGGAAAAGGAAGAGCAGGAGUUAUGGCUCGAGCUCAUCAAGACUCUUCAUUUGGAGUCCUACCGUUCCCGGACCAUCAGUGAUCCUCGUCCAUCCCAUUCCAAGAACCGAGGAUCAUCGAAGUUCUCUGCCAUUCCGAUUUCCUACACCGGCCGGUUAACGGAUACGGUCAGCGCUCACAGAACCCUCCCUCGGACAGUUUCUGUGCUGUCCAACCUGGAACGGUCGUAUCGGUGCUCUCGGGGUGACUAUGACAUCCAGAAAGUCUACUCUUACAAAGUACCCUCUCGAGAGCCACUCGUGUCCAUCCACGAGGUGGAUCUUGAAAAGAUACUCCAUCUUCGCAAUUUCUGGCAGAGACAUCUGACCACUUCCUAUGAAGAUACCUUUCAUGGCUCCUUCGAAGGCCUGCCUGUUAGCCAGAGACCUAAAGCGUGGGACCGUCCCCUGGAUGAGAAAGUGGAGUUGAAGAGUCUCUGGUUGGGCUAUUACUUCAUUGAACGCAGAUAUUUCCUCUCAAAGCGAACAACGGAAAGUAAACUAACAGCUAGAUCCUCUCAGUUGCUCCACCUGACCAUCGAUCCAGAUCCGCUGAACUGGCCAGCCAUUUUCGACUGGAUCAUCCCCAUCCUCGGCGCUGCAUCGUCGAGAACCUACUUCCGCGGAAUCCAGAGAUUCCACCAGGUCAUGGACAGUCCCAGCUAUCUCGUCCGUGGGUUUCUCGAACCCAUUCCCUCUCCGCAGGGUGGCAUCCCCGGCUGGAGUCGGAUCUGCUUCGUCAUUUACGACGCGAACCGCGACUUUCUGAAGCUCGUUCCAUCUGAUACUGACGAUGAUGGCGAGGAUGGAAGUAAAGAGGCGCUUUUUCCAGAGGAAGACUGGCCACCGGUCGAUCUCCGGAUGGACUUCCAUUGGAUCUUUGGCUAUGAGGGCGUCCUGCUCCCGGGAGGAAGGAUCAUGCUGGGCCAGUGGCUUGAUAUGGCGAGGGCAGACGAGGAAUAG